AUUGACCAGCAGGAUCAACGCCCCCGACACGUAUCACUCGAUCAAUGAGUCAAUGGGGAAGGUCCAAUCGACGUUGGGGGCAUCGGUGUUGUCUCCGAAAAAGCGAUACCUGAGCUGUGCGGCCCGUGACCUAGAAUUCUGGUGUUCAACUUAAGCCAACGAGACGAGUGACAACGGUCUUUCUGAAGCUUAUACUAACUGAGGUAGAGGAAUAUUGCCUUUCUAGGUAAAAACGUCUGUAUCAACCUGCGACGGAAUAUUCCGACAACCGACAUCUCGUCACGUAACGCGGAGCUGAUUCAAUUCCAACAAGCAGCCACUGAACAACCUCCCUCGACAAGUCGUCUUCCUAGCGGCUUCCUCCCCACGCUCAAGAUACUACCGUACUGCGUUAUGACCCAGUAGCUGAGUUCUCAUGGCCGCAAGGUGGGCUGAUCGGAGAUAAAAGCGAUUGUUUAAGCGCCCCCACAACCUCGGGUGGGGUUGCGUUCUGAUAGAUUAGUACUCCAAACGGCUGGUUUACCUCAGGUAUAAGACAGGAGUACAGCUGACUCUGAGCUGUCGAGCUCAUUUUGUGUGAAUGAUAUUGCUUUGGAUCACCUUCUAGUGCCCUUGGCUUCUGCAAUGGCAUCUCAAAUACCUCUCAAGGACAAACAGUCACCCAUUGUGAUUGUUGGGGCAGGUGUCUUCGGCCUCAGCAGUGCCAUCCAUCUAGCCAAGAGAGGAUUCACAGAUAUCACUGUCUUUGACAGACAGCCAUACCAUGAGACCCUAUACGACUUCGAUAAAGGCUGCGAUGCUGCCUCUGCAGACUGCAACAAGAUCAUCCGCGCUGCGUACGGUGACGAGGUUUGGUACCAGAAUCUAACCCUGAAGGCGAUCGAGGUCUGGGAAUCAUGGAACAGGUCUCUUGCAGAAGAGGCCAUAUUGCCGCCCGGGAUGACAAGUAAGGGUCGGAUCUAUGUCAACUGCGGUAAUUAUCAUUUCGGGGACGAAACCAAUGGUCUCAACGAUUUCGAGAAACUCUCGGUGGAAAACAUUACAAAAGCUGGUAAAGGCCAUACACAGUACCUGCUGUAUUCUGAUCCAAAAGAGGUGACACGCGCCCGGGCGGAUGGGUUUAGCUACGCAGUGGAUCCGUUUGGCCUUGCCAAAGAUGGACAGCAUCAGGGUUAUUUGGACAUGAUCGGUGGAUUUGUUUAUGCAGACAAAGCUUGCACCUAUGCGCUCCAUCUAGCGAAGAGGCUCGGUGUAAAACUGGUCCUCGAUAGGCAGACGGGUAGCUUGGAGAGCUUCCUAGAAGAUCCGACAGGUAAAGUGGUCGGCAUCAAGACUGCCGAUGGCAAACACCACAAGGCCGCGGCGACGAUCGUUGCGUGUGGAGGCUGGACACCCAAUCUGAUCCCCGAGAUCGAUGGCCUCUGCGAAACCACAGCCGGAUCCAUCGCCAUGAUCCAGAUCCCAGAAGGAUCUCCCCUUCGGGAACGGUUCUCGCCAGACAACUUUCCCGUGUUUCAGUGGAAUACGCGGGCCGGAGAAAAUGGUAAUCUGUACGGGUUUCCGCUAGACAGUCGCGGUGUGAUGAAGAUCGGGUACAGAGGAACCAAGUACACGAAUCCUCAACAGGUCCAAUCGGGCCAAGUGCGCAGUGUACCGAUCACGAAGUGGACGUCGCCGUUCGUUACCGGAUUGCCGGAGAAGUCCGUUCAGGUCGUUCAGGGCUUUUUAGACAAGUAUCUUCCCGAAUUGAAGCAGAGUGGGAUCGGAAUCUCCCAAACCAGGCUGUGCUGGUACACGGACUCAUUUGAUAACAAUUGGGUGAUUGAUGGCAUCCCCGGCAAGGAAGGGGUCAUUGUGGCUACAGGUGGCAGCGGUCACGCUUUCAAGUUCCUACCAUUACUUGGCGAGUUCGUCGCCGACAAGGUGAUGGGAAUCGAGUCGGACAUGCUGCACAGGUUCCAAUGGCGGAAACUGCCGUCUGGGGAACUGCCUCGUAACCAGCUGAUGAAGGGAUUCAAUGAUGCGAAUGCUCUCCACCGAGUGUGGAUGGUGCCUGACAACAGCACCCUCUAUACUUCCAAACUCUAGGAUAGAGUCGUCCACUGUUUUAUGUUGGUGCUGGAUGACAGAUUGAGCAUCAUGUCUAGAAAGCAAAAGCCUCGAGACCCGUUCGAACUGUUAAUGCUGCAAACGUAACAGAUUGAACUGAUACAGUAUAGUAAUCACAACCUCGCGCUGGAGGAUGUUAUAGCUAUUGUUCUCUUUUCCCAGAGCGGGGUGUC